CUUAAUACUAACUACCGUCCAUGCUUUAAAAAUGGCGGAUGUUAAAAAAAAUAGUAAAGCCAAUAAAUAUAAACAAAAUGCUAAUAAAAAGUCAAAUAAAGUUGUACAAGAAGAAGAUAAAACAAAAAGCUUAAAUAAAAAAGAUUUUAAUGUAGAUAUUAUACAGACCCUUGGUGGAGACAAGUUAGAAACUUUUAUCAAAGAUAUUGGAUUAGAUAAGGGAUGUCAGAAAAAGAAAAUAUCUAGCAAAAUUGAAAGUACCAGUAUUUCGGAGUGUGCAAAUACAGAUAGUUUGACAAAGUUCAAAACCAAUGAAGUUAUUGUUAUUUUUCCAUACGAAAAGCAGAGCAAACUUUUGCUAAAAAAUUGUGUGCCAUGGUAUCAGCAGCUUUCUGAUUUGCCGAAAGGAAACUCAAAUUUAUCAAAAAGUGAUAUCGAAAAGUUUUACCAAGUUGCAAAACUGUACUGGGAAGAUGAGAGCAACUUUUACCAAGAAUCAAAGAAUAAUGAUCAUUCUUCUGAUCAACAAUGGUUAAGGACAGUAUUAAAGUCCGGUACGCUAAGUGACAAAGUGGCUGCUCUUGUCAUGGUUACUCAGGAAUCACCAGUCCAUUGCCUUCGUAGUCUAGAUGCCCUAAUGAAUAUGGCAAAGAAAAAGUCAAGAAGAGAAGCCCUUAUUGCAAUCGAUUCUCUUCGUCAUUUGUGGAUUGCUGAUCUUUUACCGGAAUCCAAGUUAAAAUACUUUCACGAGUAUGAAAUUGAGAGCUUAAAGACAAAACUAUGUAAAGAUGGAAGCAAAGAGUCACAGAUAAAGUUGCUAAUAUUGUUAGCUUACCAACAUCAAAUUAAAGACAUAUAUAAACAAUUUGUUGAAAUAAUUGAGAAAUUAUCAAAGGAUUUUCUUACUGAUAUUAGAAAUAAAGUUCUAGGUAUUAUAUAUGAACUGCUUGUUAUGAAAGCUGAACAAGAACAAAAAUUACUUACUAUGUUAAUCAAUAAACUGGGUGAUCCAGAAAGGAAGAUUUCGUCAAAGACUAUUUAUCUUUUAACACAACUUGUUGUAAAGCAUCCUAAUAUGAAAGAGGUGGUGAUCAAUGAAGUUGAACAAUUUUUGUAUAGACCAAAUAUGGCUGAAAAAGCUCAAUAUUAUGCUAUAUGUUUUCUUAAUCAAAUUGUGCUUUCACAAAAAGAGAAAAAUAUUGCCGCUAAACUUAUUCAAAUAUAUUUUAGUUUUUUCAAGUUACUGGUCAAAAAAGAUAAUUCAAAAGCCAAGGAUGUUCAAGAAACAAAAUUGCUGAGUGCAUUAUUGACUGGUGUUAACAGAGCUUAUCCAUACUGUAAUGACAAAGAUGAAGAUUUUGACGAACAAUUGAACAAUCUUUUUAGAUUGACUCAUGUAAAUCACUUAAGUACUAGUAUUCAGGCGUUUAUGCUAAUCUAUCAAGUACAGAGCUCCAGGCAGUGUGUAUCUGAUCGCUAUUAUCAAGCUUUGUAUGAAAAGCUUCUUGAUCCUGACAUAAAAACUACAUCAAAACAUACUAUGCUUCUAAAUCUUUUAUUCAAGUCGAUAAAGAAUGAUCCUGUUCCAAAACGAGUCAAGGCGUUUGUUAAAAGACUUCUUCAAGUUUGCACAAAGGAAGAAUCAUCAUUAACUUGCGGAAUUUUAUUUUUACUCUCAGAGGUAAUAAAAGAAAACCCUGCAAUAAAGAGUAUGAUAUCUCAACCAGAGGAAGAAGAUGAAGAGGAGCAUUUUCAUGAUGCAGAAGAUAAUGAUAAAAAUGUUGUUACAGAUGAUAGUGGAGAUGAUAUUAAUAAAUCACUUAAUAGUCAAGAAAAUGAAAAUUCAUUUGUAAACAAACCAAAAGAUGUUUCUUCUUCUUGGACAUUUAUUAAUCAAGAGAAGCGAAGUAAAAGUUAUAAUUUGAUGCAACGUAAUCCAUUAUUUGCUAAUGCUGAAAUGUGUUGCGCAUGGGAGCUACUUCCACUGUUCUCACACUUUCAUCCUUCUGUUUCUCAUUUUGCUUCAUCUAUAUUAAAUGAAAAAAGCAUAGUUUACAAAGGAGAUCCAUUGCAAGAUUUUACACUGAUUAGAUUUUUGGAUCGUUUUAUGUACCGCAACCCAAAGAAAAAGGAAGUUGAACAUGGGAGUUCUGUUAUGCAGCCUCGUGAUUCGUCAGUUAGAUUGAAGGAAGAACCAGUUAAUUCAAAGACAUUUAUACAAUCCUCCGAAGAUAAAAUUCGUAAAGAUGAAGUAUUUUUCUAUCGGUAUUUUACUCAAAAAGAAAUAAAAAAGAAGAGAGAUAUAAAAGAUGAUGACGACCAGCAUGAUACAGAAGACUUAGUGAACUUUAAAGAUAUCGAUUUUGCAAGUGAAAUAAAAAAGGGUAAAGAAAUUUCAAAAAGUAAAAAGAAAGACAAAGGCAAAGAAUCUUCAGAUGAAAGUGAUGAUGAUGAAGAUUUUGAUUACAAUGAUCUCGAAGAUGAGUCUGAUGAAGAUUUUGAAGACAACAAUGAAAAAGAGAACUUUACUGACAAAGAUUAUGAAGAUGCAUUAUUCAAAAAUUUAAAUUCUGAUGGAGAGUCGAUUGAUGGUGAAGCUAGUGAGGAUGGUGAUAUCGAGAAGAUGUUUGCUUCUGCAGAAGAGUUUUCGCACAUGUUGGAUGAUCAUGCCGAAACGAUACAUCCCAAACAAAAGAAAUGGGAAGAGAGAACUGCAAAUAAACAGUGGAGAUCUAAACGCAUUAACACAAAUCGAAAAAGAAAUUUUGAUAAUAAAAGUUUAAAUAAAAAACCCUUGAAAAAACAAAAGAAAUGAUAAAAUAGAGAAUUUAAAAAUUAAAUACAAUUCUGAUGGUGUAGCGAAUGUUUUAAACAUGUACCAAUCUCCUUUA